GUUGGAUUCCUUGGUGUAUGUUUUGCCUGGAUUUACAUCGUUACUGCACUGUCCGUUUCUGUUGAUGCUGCAUCCGCAGCUUGCUUGUGAAGGAGGCAAAAUAAAACGUUGAAAUGAGGUUAUGUAUGCAAGCUAUCAAAAUCAAGCAAGUGUCAAAAACAUAUGGGAAAUAUGACUGUUCCAUUACUCAUUUCGUGCAAAAAUUCUGCCACAUCACUUCUUAGAUAGUGAUGGGCGGUGUUAUGUUAUGUACUAGGAGACUAGGGGCUACUAGUUAAUACAGCUGUCAUUUGUGGGAUGAGUAAGUUAAAUAUUUCAAAAGCAAACAUAUUUGCCGGUUUUUUGUUUCAUUAGCCUAUCUAAAUGGAUGAUCCAGAGGAUGCUCAAUUGCUGCAAAAAAAGUUGUACUUUCUAUUGGAACAGUUGCAAAAUAUGGCUAGAGAUUUACCACCGAAAUAUCAGAUGAGGCUCCCGUACGAAUUAUUGUCUAGCCUAGCGAAUUGUUUACUGAACGAUACCGUCUUCGAAAUCGUGAAAGGACUGUUGGAGAUACAGCAUGUAACUGAACAACACCUUUAUCACCAGAGGUUGCAGUUUAUCCACAAAAAGAAAAUGGAAGAGCAAGACAUUUUGAAGAAGUAUGAACAUGAUACAGAAAGGAAGAUUGAGGAGCUACAAAAAUUUAUGAUUAAACAAAAAGAAGAGCUCAAGGUAUUUGAUAUGAAUUUAGUGUUGCAACUGGACCAAAAAGUAACAGAUCAACAGCAAAUCUUAGAACAGGCUGGUGUACCAGGAUUCUACGUCACACAAAAUACACUAGAAAUUAAAGUGCAAAUGCAUUUGUUGGACUUUUUGUUGAGGUUAAGCAGAAUGCAAAUGACUUUUUGAAAAAAAACUAGAUGAUCCAUUUGCUUUUCGGCUGUUUCUGGGUUGCAUGAGGAUGCUGCACUUGACAAUAGUGUAUUGGUCAUUUUUAUGUGAUGAUGUCAUAGGCUCAAAACAAGAUGUCAUUCCUGACAAUUUCUCCAUACCAAUGUUCUGUGAGGCUUUGGGCCCAGACAUUAAUCCUAUUAGUCGGACUGACCAAUCAACAAAGGUGAGACUAGUCAUUGGAAGCCUCGUGAUUUUUAAUACUUAUGGUGAACAAUAAGUUUACUUUUUUGUUAACCACAUUGUUUUACAUUACAUUUUGUAAUCAAAAGAGGAAUGUAUGGGUUUUAUUAAAACAAUAUUUUUAGAUCCUAUUUGUUUAUUUACAUCAACAAUAUG